AUGAGCACCUCCUCCGCCCGCCGCUCCUCGCCGCCGGCGAGGCCGGCGGCUUCCUCGUCCGGCCAGAAGCGUGCGAGGGGCGACGAUGAUCCCGGCACGUCGCUCGUUUCCAACGCCGACCCCGCCUCCGUCCCAGCCCCCGCCCAGAACCCUCGCCGCGCCUUCGCCUCCUCCCCGUUCGCCGACUUCGGGAGCUACAUGUCCGCGAAGAACAGCAAGCUCUCCGCGCAGUUCGACGCCGACGCCUCCACCUCCGCCGCCGCGGCGCCCGGGGCCCUGUUCGCGGGCGUCUCCAUCUUCGUCGACGGAUUCACCGUCCCCUCUAGCCAGGAGCUGAAGGAGAUUAUGCUGAACAACGGUGGCCGGUUCGUCAACUACUUCUCCAGGCACACGGUGACGCACAUCGUCUGCACACACCUCUCGGAGAGCAAAAUGCGGAAUAUGAGAGCAUUCAGCAAGGGUCUUCCUGUUGUCAAGCCGGGGUGGGUGGUGGAUUCCCUUGCAGAGAACCGGCUCCUCAGCUGGGUUCCAUACCAAAUAAGUCAGCAUAAUUCUUCAAGCCGAAAGCAGAUGAAGCUUUCUGCUUUCUUUUCUGGGAAACAAAAUGGAAUACAGUACCAGAGCAAUCAAAAUGAUGAUAACAAAGACCUUGAGUUCCAAACUUCUUCUGCUCAGGAGGGAUCACGUGACCAAACCGAGUCUUGUGAACAGCAAGGGCCAUUACUGAAUGUGGAGGUAUCAGAAGACUCACUAUCCUCAGAUGAACAUAGAGUUCCAUUAAUGAAUGUGGAAGUAGCAGAGGACUCACUAUCCUCAGAUGAACAUGGAGUUCCAUUGAUGAAUGUGGAGGUAGCAGAGGACUCACUAUCCUCAGAUGAACAUGGAGUUUCAACAUUUGAAGAACGAGAUGGUGAAGAUUUUGCAGUGGAUGAGGAUGAUAAUGCCUGUAAAAUAGCAUUUUCAGAAAGUAUGGAUAAUGACAUGGAUCCUGAACUUCAUGUGGCUCAGUCUCCUGAUGCUACUUCAAGGUUUUCAGAUGUAUGCGGUACAGGCUCUGUGGGCAGCCAUUUGUCAAUUGGUUCAUUGGAGAAAGAUACAGCUAAAUCUUCUAGCCGGUCACAUUCAACCCUGACAGAUCCUAAUUUUGUAGAGAAUUAUUUCAAGCAUUCUCGACUGCAUUUCAUUGGGACUUGGCGAAAUCGCUACCGCAAGCGCUUCUCAAAUUUACCUGGAGCUAAAAGCAGUAAGGGCAACAAUGAUCAUUCAGGGAAGAAGAAAACAAUCAUUCAUAUUGAUAUGGACUGCUUUUUUGUAUCUGUCGUCAUCAGAAAUAGGCCAGAGCUGCACGAUAAGCCGGUAGCAGUUUGUCAUUCCGACAAUCCUAAAGGAACUGCAGAAAUAUCAUCUGCAAACUACCCUGCACGAAACUAUGGGAUAAAGGCUGGCAUGUUCGUUAGAGAUGCCAAAGCUCGGUGCCCUCACCUAACGGUUGUUCCUUAUAACUUCGAUGCAUACGGGGAGGUUGCGGAUCAGUUCUAUGGUAUUUUGCAUAAAUAUUGCACUAAGGUUCAGGCUUUGAGCUGUGAUGAAGCUUUUUUGGACAUGACGGAAUGCUUACACGAUAAUCCAGAGGAAGUUACAGAAAGAAUGAGAAAUGAAAUUUUUGGUACAACGAAGUGCACUGCCAGUGCAGGUAUUGCUGAAAACAGGCUCCUAGCCCGAUUAGCCACCAGAUCUGCAAAGCCGAACGGACAGUUAUUUAUUUCAUCUGAGAAGGUUGAUGAUUAUUUGAGUACCCUCCCUAUCAAAGCACUUCCAGGCAUUGGUUAUACUGUUUCCGAUAAACUGAAAAGCAAUGAAGUUGAACACUGUGGUCAGCUUCGCAACAUUUCGAAGGAUGCUCUCCAUAAGGACUUCGGAAAAAAGAUCAGUAAUAUGCUAUGGAACUAUUGCAGAGGAAUUGAUCAUUCAGUUGUUGAAGCUGUUCAGGAAACAAAAUCUGUGGGUGCUGAAGUCAAUUGGGGAGUCAGAUUUAAUGAGAACAAAGAUGCUGAUAAUUUUCUAGUCAACCUCAGCAAGGAGGUUUCUUUACGCUUACAAGGAUGUGGACUACAGGGCCGUACUAUUACCCUUAAGGUGAAAACAAGAAGGAAAGGUGCUGGAGAGCCACUAAAAUUUAUGGGGUGUGGUGACUGCGAAACCAUGAGUCGCUCUACCACGAUGACAGGUGCAACUGACAAUUUAGUCACGCUUCAGAGAAUUGCAAGACAAUUGUUUGCAGCUUUGCAUGUUGAUGUGAAGGAAGUGCGGGGAGUUGGACUAAAAAUGUCAAAGCUUGAGCAUGCAGAUUUAGGUCGCGGAGCACAACAAGGGAAUAUGCUUAAAUCAUGGCUUGGUUCAUCAUCUGAGAAGCUCAAGAAACAAUGCAGUGAGAGAACCUGCUUUCUUGGGAACAGUGAUGGUGCAGGAGCCACUACCAGUGAGGUGCGAAAUUUGGGAAGCUCCAGAUCAUCACUUACAGGUGUUGCAUCCGACUUGUCAAAGGUGAAGCUUACAAGUGGUAGGUCUACCAGAGUUCAUGCCGCUGAGUUGCCACCAUUAUCUGAACUUGAUUUGGAGGUCCUCAAGAACCUUCCUCCAGAGAUAAUAUCUGAAAUGAAUGACAUGUAUAAGGGAGAAUUGCAUGGUUUUCUGUGCACGAUAAAGGGCGAUGAAGGCAAGGAAAGCAAUUCAAAAUCUCGUGUUUUACCCGCCGUUAACCAGAACUCUGUACCUGUUUGUAAUGCAAGGUUGCACCAGUAUGGAGAGCGCACUGACUCCAUUCAUUUGGAAAAACGGAAUAAUAUUAAGGGGGCAUCAGACCAGGAAGUUCAAACUGCCCAUGCUUCGUGCUCAAGAGCCAAUGAAUUGAUUGAUACAGAGAGUGUCACGCGGCUUGAUUUCAUGCCUAAUUCUCUAAGCCAGGCAGACUUCACAGUUUUGCAGGAAUUACCCGAGGAUGUCAAGGCUGAUUUGUUCAAUGUGCUUCCAUUACAUAGGCCAAUAGAUCCUACAUGCCGCACUUCAAAUGUUACUGAAAAUAAAUCUCUGAAGAAUGGAGGAACUGAUGAUCCAAAAAAUCCAGUGAUUUGUGUUCUGCCAGGAAGUUCUCAGAAAUGGGCGGAACAGUUAAGAGUUAGCAGUUCCCUACUAUUGAAUGCCAUUGCAGAGCAACACGCAAAUUCUAUCUCAAGUCAACCUUUAUCUUCAAUUUUAGAGCAUGUUGCUUCCCUCCUCCCUCUGUGUCCUACCCCAGGUAGCGAAGAAUGGAGCGACACACUCUCCCGACUCUCUGUUCUUCUUACGGAGUAUAUACACCUGAAAGUUGAUUCUGAUAUUGAAGAGCUGUACAAAUGUUUCCUUCUUUUGAAAAGGUUCUCGUCAGCAUCUGAGCUUUUUCUGGAAUUGCACAACAGCAUUCUUCCUUUACUACAGUAUGGCUGGCCAUCGAGUCCUUAUCACUUAUGGCUUUCACAAACAUGA